GAGGAAACAGCGAUGCUUCCCGCCAAACCGAAGCUGACCCGGAGGCUAUUAUUCGCUUGCAUCUCAUUGAUACUCAUCUGUAUAUAUCUCUCAACCGCCGCCUCUCUGACUCCGUAUGCCGGCAAUUUGUCACCCUACCCGCACCUAGCGGGGCAGUUCCCACGGAAGAUUGGCAGACCUUGAAGGUCCACCCGCUCGGCUUUGAAAAACGAGAGACGGAAUUUGCUCGAAGAUGGUCAUCGAAGAAUCCAGGCCACAGGUAUGAGGUCCUAACAGACGAAAACGAUAUAUAUUAUCUGGAGACGGAUUUCGGCCCCAAGGGCCUUAAUCACCCAGAUAUAAUAUAUGUAUACCGGUCGCUGACGGCAACAAUCAUAAAGGCCGAUCUGCUGCAGUAUUUGUUCAUGUUUAGUGAACAGGAGAUAGAUAUGAUCAUUGGCGUGGAGAUCGACCAGCCCGAGUUCAAAAAUCACGGCAUCCUGGGCUCCAACUCGCAAUCGUUCUGCCAGUGGACCUUUAACGUGCCUAUCUCGCAGAAUAUGCUCGAUUUUGACGACGUGAUCAGCGGUACCGGCCCCCUCUGCAUUCAUAGGAGCGAUCUUGGAGGACAUGAGCUAUCGGACAGGAAGAACGGUGACGUGAGAUACAUUCCACAAGAUGGCGGAGUCGAAGGUCGUGGGUGGUAUACUUGA